GUCUGACAGCUCUUCGAGCAGGGCUGACGAGGAGGAUAAAGGAGGAUGAAGGAAGGAGAGGGAAAGGGAGAGGUAGAGGAGGAAUAUAAUGAAGUUGAGCGGGAAAGGACUGUGUACCAUCGUGUCCAGCAGUCUGCUCUUCGUCUGUGCAGCCAGCGCCGUCGCUGUCGGAUUCAGAUGUGUGUCACUGGGCUCCAAAGUAAAAGCGUCUUUCCACUUAGGGACGGCAGCCGGGGCAUUUUAUUCGGGAAUACUUGUCGGAUUAGGGCAGGUCCUGCUCGGGUUCGCUCUUCUUUGUUGCAAAGGGACGCCCGGGAGUCGGAAUUUUUUCCUUUUGGGAAUCUUGGUGUUCAUGUUGGGAGUUCUCACUGCCUUCUCGGGCGCUGUGGUAGAUGGAGACACAGUGUCGCUUGUGGAGAGGAAAUACUCUCACUAUUGCCUGGACGCCGUGGAAUUAACCCCCAUCUGCGGGGAUUUGAAGGAUUAUCAGAGGAGUCUGGUCAUAUCCACAAUUUUGAACACAUUGGAAUGCCUGCUGGGGCUUAUAAAUUUAGUAAUUAUCAAGAGGUAUAAAACCGCGCAGUUCUACAGGAGACUCUCCCAGAGGCAGAGCGUGGGAGCUGUCCUCUUCCAUGAGGAACAGGACUUCACCGCCUCGGAGUUCCAGCCGGUCUGCUAUAUUAACCUGGGGGUAUUACACGUGUUCGACGCUGCGGGCGUGGAAGUACAAUGUGGGGGGCAUCCCUCAAUCGAACUGCCGGGCUAUUCGCCCACUAAUCCCGAACUGAACCAUUCCUACCCCUUUUCCUAUCCUCUCCCGAACGAGCAACCGCCCGCGUACGAAGACAUUUUCCCGGGAGAAGCUAGCAACAAAUAGCAACUCGGGGCAAAAAGUUGAAAAGUAGGCUCUUAUAUUUGCAUUGAUAAUCACCGACUUAUCUUUGCAUCCAGAACCCUGGCAUGUAGCUACAGUACUUGACCACUUAACGGUUAGAUAGUCAAUCUUUACACCGACAACAUACCAAUUUAAAGAAUUCUGCCAUGGACAUAGGGCUGCAGCGGUCGGGUAGAGUGUUCUAAACGCAGUGGAAGGAAGGAUCAUAAAUAAAGACGGUAAGA